AUGGUCAGCUUUGAUGAGAUCCUGCAGGAGGUGGGACCCUUCGGCCGCUGCCAGAAGCGAGUCUUUCUCCUGCUCUGCCCGGUGUCUCUGCCCAUGGCCUGGAUCUACGUGGGCAUCGUCUUCCAGGGCUUCACUCCGGAGCACUGGUGCCGUCAGCCCGUGGCGCAGGAGCAGAGGCUGGCCUGUGGAUGGUCUCUGGAGGAGAGCGUGAGCAGGACCGUCCCCAAGAGCUCCAGGCCAGCUCUUGUCUGCAGUGCGAGCUGA